UGCCGCCGCGAGGGAAUCACGUGGCUCCUUCCUUUCCGUCUCUGGCCGGCUGGGCGCGGGCGACUGCUGGCGAGGCGCGUGGACGCUCGCGCUAGUUCCCCUCCGCCUUCUCUCCCGGUCCAGGCCACUAGGGAGUUCGCUGACGCCGGGUGAACUGAGCGUACCGCCAAGAUGCCGGCCUAUUUCCAGAGGCCGGAAAAUGCCCUCAAACGCGCCAACGAAUUUCUUGAGGUUGGCAAAAAGCAGCCUGCCCUGGAUGUUCUUUAUGAUGUUAUGAAAAGUAAGAAACACAGAACAUGGCAGAAGAUACAUGAGCCAAUUAUGUUGAAAUACUUGGAACUAUGUGUGGAUCUUCGUAAGAGCCACUUGGCUAAGGAAGGGUUGUAUCAAUAUAAGAACAUUUGUCAGCAGGUAAACAUUAAAUCUUUAGAAGAUGUUGUUAGGGCAUAUUUGAAAUUAGCAGAGGAAAAAACAGAAGCAGCUAAAGAAGAGUCCCAACAAAUGGUGUUAGAUAUAGAAGAUCUGGAUAAUAUUCAGACUCCUGAGAGUGUUCUCUUAAGUGCAGUAAGUGGGGAAGACACUCAGGAUCGUACUGACAGAUUGUUACUGACGCCCUGGGUCAAGUUCCUGUGGGAAUCUUACAGGCAGUGUUUGGACCUUCUUCGAAACAAUUCUAGAGUAGAGCGCCUUUACCAUGAUAUCGCCCAACAAGCUUUCAAAUUCUGCCUCCAGUAUACUCGAAAGGCUGAGUUCCGCAAGCUAUGUGACAACUUGCGAAUGCACUUAUCCCAGAUUCAGCGCCACCAUAACCAAAGCACAGCAAUUAAUCUUAAUAAUCCAGAGAGCCAGUCCAUGCAUUUGGAAACCAGACUUGUUCAGUUGGACAGUGCUAUCAGCAUGGAAUUAUGGCAGGAAGCCUUCAAAGCUGUGGAAGAUAUUCAUGGACUAUUUUCCUUGUCUAAAAAACCACCUAAGCCUCAGUUGAUGGCAAAUUACUAUAACAAAGUUUCAACAGUAUUUUGGAAAUCUGGAAAUGCUUUAUUUCAUGCAUCUACACUUCAUCGCCUUUAUCAUUUGUCUAGAGAAAUGAGAAAGAAUCUUACACAAGAUGAGAUGCAAAGAAUGUCUACUAGAGUCCUUUUGGCGACUCUUUCCAUUCCUAUUACUCCUGAGCGAACUGAUAUUGCUCGACUUUUGGAUAUGGAUGGUAUUAUAGUUGAGAAGCAGCGACGCCUUGCCACAUUGCUAGGUCUUCAAGCCCCACCCACACGAAUCGGCCUAAUUAAUGAUAUGGUCAGGUUCAAUGUGCUACAAUAUGUUGUCCCAGAAGUAAAAGACCUUUACAACUGGUUGGAGGUGGAAUUCAACCCACUAAAACUCUGUGAGAGAGUUACAAAGGUAUUAAAUUGGGUUAGGGAACAACCUGAAAAGGAACCAGAAUUGCAACAAUAUGUACCACAACUACAGAAUAAUACCAUACUCCGCCUUCUGCAACAGGUGGCACAGAUUUAUCAGAGCAUUGAGUUUUCUCGUUUGACUUCUCUGGUUCCUUUUGUUGAUGCUUUCCAACUGGAACGGGCCAUAGUAGAUGCAGCCAGGCAUUGUGACCUGCAGGUUCGUAUUGACCAUACUUCUCGGACUCUGAGUUUUGGAUCAGAUUUGAAUUAUGCAACUAGAGAAGAUGCCCCAAUUGGUCCUCAUCUGCAGAGCAUGCCGUCAGAACAAAUAAGAAAUCAGCUCACAGCCAUGUCCUCAGUGCUUGCAAAAGCACUUGAAGUCAUCAAGCCUGCUCACAUUCUGCAAGAGAAAGAAGAACAGCAUCAGUUGGCAGUUACUGCAUAUCUUAAAAAUUCCCGAAAAGAGCAUCAGAGGAUCCUGGCUCGGAGACAGACAAUUGAGGAAAGAAAAGAACGUCUUGAGAGUCUGAAUAUUCAACGUGAAAAGGAAGAACUAGAGCAGAGGGAAGCUGAACUUCAGAAAGUACGGAAGGCUGAAGAAGAAAGACUGCGCCAAGAGGCAAAGGAGAGAGAGAAGGAACGAAUCCUUCAAGAACAUGAGCAAAUCAAGAAGAAAACUGUUCGGGAGCGGUUAGAGCAGAUUAAGAAGACAGAGCUGGGUGCCAAAGCAUUUAAAGAUAUUGACAUUGAAGAUCUUGAAGAACUGGAUCCAGAUUUUAUUAUGGCCAAACAGGUUGAGCAACUGGAGAAAGAAAAGAAGGAGCUUCAGGAACGCCUGAAGAAUCAAGAAAAGAAGAUUGACUAUUUUGAGAGAGCUAAGCGUUUGGAAGAAAUUCCUUUAAUAAAGAGUGCUUAUGAGGAACAAAGGGUUAAAGACAUGGACCUGUGGGAACAGCAAGAAGAAGAAAGAAUUACUACAAUGCAGCUAGAACGAGAAAAAGCUCUGGAACAUAAGAAUAGGAUGUCACGAAUGUUGGAAGACAGAGAUCUAUUUGUGAUGCGGCUCAAAGCUGCCAGGCAGUCUGUCUAUGAGGAAAAACUGAAACAGUUUGAAGAGCGUUUAGCAGAAGAAAGGCAUAAUCGCCUGGAAGAACGGAAAAGGCAGCGGAAAGAAGAACGCAAAAUAACUUAUUACAGAGAAAAGGAAGAGGAAGAGCAGAGGAGGGCAGAGGAGCAGAUGCUUAAAGAGCGAGAAGAAAGAGAGCGUGCUGAGAGAGCAAAACGGGAGGAAGAACUUAGAGAGUAUCAGGAGCGAGUCAAGAAACUAGAAGAAGUAGAAAGGAAAAAGCGGCAAAGAGAGCUGGAAAUUGAAGAAAGGGAAAGGCGCAGAGAGGAAGAAAGGAGACUUGGUGAUGAUCCACUUUCUAGGAAGGACUCUCGGUGGGGAGAUAGAGAUUCAGAAGGCACCUGGAGAAAAGGACCAGAAGCUGACUCUGAGUGGAGAAGAGGCCCACCAGAAAAGGAGUGGAGACGAGAAACUCGGGAUGAUGAGAGGCCUCAUAGGAGAGAUGAGGAUCGGCUGAGGCGCUUGGGGGGGGAUGAUGAAGAGAGAGAGUCUUCUCUUAGACCAGAUGAUGAUCGAGUCCCCAGGCGUGGCCUGGAUGAUGAUAGAGGGCCUAGACGUGGUCCUGAUGAAGAUAGAUUUUCUCGUAGAGGAACAGAUGAUGACCGUCCUUCCUGGCGUAAUGCAGAUGAUGACAGGCCUCCCAGGCGAAUUGGUGAUGAUGACAGGGGAAGCUGGCGUCACACAGAUGACGACAGACCACCCAGACGGGGACUGGAUGAUGACAGACCACCCAGACGGGGACUGGAUGAUGACAGACCACCCAGACGGGGACUGGAUGAUGAGAGAGGAAGCUGGCGCACAGCAGAUGAGGACAGAGGACCUAGACGUGGGAUGGAUGAUGAUCGGGGGCCAAGACGAGGAGGUGCUGAUGAUGAACGGUCAUCCUGGAGGAAUGCUGAUGAUGACAGAGGUCCCAGGAGAGGCAUGGAUGAUGAUAGGGGUCCCAGGCGAGGGUUGGAUGAUGACCGAGGACCUUGGAGGAAUGCUGAAGAUAGGAUUUCCAGGAGAGGUGCAGAUGAUGACCGGGGGCCUUGGAGAAAUAUGGAUGAUGAUCGGAUUCCUAGACGGGGUGAUGAUGCAAGACCUGGUCCCUGGAGACCAUUUGUCAAGCCAGGUGGAUGGAGAGAGAAGGAAAAGGCUAGAGAAGAGAGUUGGGGUCCACCUCGAGAAUCAAGACCAUCAGAAGAACGUGAAUGGGAUAGAGACAAAGAGAAGGACAGAGAUAAUCAAGAUCGAGAAGAGAAUGACAAGGACCUUGAACGAGAUAGAGACAGAGAGAGAGAUGGGGACCGGGAGGAUCGUUUCAGAAGACCCAGGGAUGAAGGUGGCUGGAGAAGAGGACCAGCAGAAGAAUCUUCAAGCUGGAGAGAUUCAAGUCGCCGUGAUGAUAGGGACAGGGAAGACCGGCGGCGGGAUAGAGAUGAUCGUCGUGAUCUGAGAGACCUGAGAGACAGAAGGGAUUUAAGAGAUGAUAGAGAUCGAAGAGGACCUCCCCUCAGAUCAGAGCGAGAAGAAGCAAGUUCUUGGAGACGCACUGAUGACAGGAAAGAUGACCGGACUGAAGAGAGGGAUCCACCUCGUCGUGUUCCUCCUCCAGCUCUUUCAAGAGAUAGAGAAAGAGAGCGAGAACGAGAAGGUGAGAAAGAGAAAGCAUCCUGGAGAGCUGACAAAGAUAGGGAGUCCCUUCGUCGUACUAAGAAUGAAACUGAUGAAGAUGGAUGGACCACAGUACGACGUUAAGUCAGUCCCAAGAUGAUGGAGUCAAACUUGUGGCUUACAUAGGUUUGAUCACAUUCAAGGAUUAUUAUACU